AUCUUAUUUAUUUAUCUAUUUACUGCUGCGUGAAACAGGCAAACAGCAGUUGUGUUAAUAUUUUUAUGUAAUUUGAAAAACUUGAUUUUGUCGAAGUAGAGUUUAGUUCUUUCUUCCCUCAACAAAACGGAGUAAACCUACUGUCACUGGAAAAGAAUGGCGGAAUGUAAACCUCUGAGUCCUGAGGAAGUAAGUGCAGCUUGUGCACAGGCUUCACCUGAGACCAAAGACUUUCUCUUUCAACAAACAAUGUAUCGAAUUAAGGAUCCAAAAGCCAGCCUAGAUUUUUAUACCAGAGUACUGGGCAUGUGCUUACUGAAGCAAUUUAACUUUGAUGAAAUGAAAUUCUCAUUGUUCUUUAUGGGAUAUGAAAACCCAAAUGAUAUACCUGGUGAUGAGAAAGAUAGAGCUAGGUGGGCUUUAUCUAGAAAAGCAACUUUAGAGCUGACACAUAAUUGGGGAACUGAAUCUGAUCCAGAAUUCAAGUAUCAUAAUGGAAAUUCUGAACCUAAGGGAUUUGGCCAUAUUGGAAUAAUGGUACCAGAUGUUGAUGCUGCAUGUGAAAGAUUUGCAAAUCUUGGGGUACAAUUUGUCAAAAAACCAAACGAUGGUAAAAUGAAGGGCAUUGCUUUCAUCAAGGAUCCUGAUGGCUAUUGGAUCGAGAUAUUUAAUAAUAACCUUGACAUCUGAAUAACUCAGCGCUUGAAGCUGUGGAAACAGUCAAAUAUAUAUCAUGGUUGGUUAUUGUGUGAUAAUCAAAUAUAAAAAAUAUUGAAAUGAACAGCGUGUGAUUGAGUUCUUUUUCAUAAAUGUCUAAAUAAAACUAUAUAAUUGGUGGAAAAUAGAA